AUGGAUGAAUAUUACCAGAACCCACACUAUCCUGUUCCUGAUGCUGGCGAGAAUACAAUGGAUGAAUACGACUAUCCUCUUACUGGCGCUGGCGAUAAUACAAUGGAUGAAUUCUACAAUCCUGUUAUUGACGCUGGCGACAAUACAAUGGAUGAAUAUCACCAGAAUCCGUACUAUCCUAUUACUGACCCCCAGCAGUACUCUUCUUUUCCUCUUGAGAACGCAGACAUGUUUGCUGAUCCUGACCAAGAUAUUGAUUUCCAUUUUCUUAGCCGUCAGCUUCAAUUGCAUAAUGAACACCUCCAAAAUGAAAAUGAUCAGCUUCAGUUGCAAUACAACCAACUUCAAAGACAGCACAGUGAUCUCCAAGACAAGCAAAACGAUCUUCAAGACAAGCAUGACGAGCUACAAUCAAGGCAUCGCCGACUUCAACUUCAUAUUCACGAUGACCCAAUUGCUGCUAAACGUCUUUUAGUCGCUGCGAGAAAAAUCUACAGUGCCACUUUGGCUCAAGAUGAUGAUGAGCAUGAAGCGCCUGCUGAAAAUGUUGCACCUGCUGGCGGCCAUCGCUACAUAACAAGAAGCACUCAAAAGACCCAACCUGCUGUCAUGGGAAAACCUGUUGAAGAUGACGACUCCAAUCUUACCUCUGAUGUUGAAUAUGCUCCCGGCUCCGAAAGUGUCUCCGAUGAAGAAAUGGAGAAUGAAGAUUACGAACCUACUACCAAAUCAGUUGCUCCAGCUACUGCUGCACAUCAAGAGGUUAGAUUCGCCGUGAAGAAGGAUCUUGAACAAAACAUGCUAAUAUACCAUCGUAAGCCGUCUGCAUAUCGCGUAGUCUUUAUGACGAAAGAAGAGUUUUACCAUGUUAGAGGCGGGACUCGUGUUGCUCCACGAACCUUUUCUACGCCAGACGAGAAUGGUAAUAUUCAGGAUUACGUGCGCAUUCGAAUCACCGAAGCUGAGAGUGAGAGACUUGAUGCUUGGCGUGCCAGACACGGACGCAAGCCACAUGAAAUCCGCGAAGGUACCAAGGAUGCUGCUGCCAGAGAGCUUUGA